UUGAAUACUUCAAUUAGCUUUGAAGCUCCAAGUGAAGAACAAAAAUUCCUCAGAGCAGAUACAAACCAGAGGUUUGAGACAGUAGUAAGUAAAUGGCCAGAGACGAUGUUCAACUAAAUCAAGCGAAGAGAGCUUACAAACAUGCUUCCGCAGAGGGCAAUCGCCAGGAGGAGGCCAGAUGGGCGAACACUAUCGGAGAUAUUUUGAAGAAAAAAGGAGAAUACGUUGAAGCUCUCAAAUGGCUACGCAUUGAUUACGAAAUCUCCGUAAAGUUUCUCCCCGAGAAACAGCUUCUUCCCACCUGUCAGUCCCUUGGCGAAGUUUAUCUCCGACUCGAACAAUUCGAAGACGCUCUGCUCUACCAGAAAAAGCAUUUGGAGCUUGCCAAGGACAUUGAUGACCUCGUUGAGCAGCAAAGAGCCAGCACCCAACUUGGUCGGACAUACUAUGAAAUGUUUUUAAAAUCUGAGGAUGACAUUUACUCUCGUCGGAAUGCUAAAAAGUAUUUCACAGCAGCCAUGAAAUUUGCUCGGAUGCUCAAGGAACACCCAUCAUCUAAGAACUCUUCAUCCUUCCUCAAAGAAUACAUUGAUGCCCACAAUAACCUUGGCAUGCUUGAAAUGGAUUUUGAAAACUUUGAAGAAGCUGAAAAAAUUCUUCUUGAGGGAUUGAAGAUCUGCAAUGAAGAAGAGGUGGCUGAAGAUGAUGAUGCACGCAGCAGGCUUCAUCACAACCUUGGAGGCCUUUAUACGGAGCUAAGAAUGUGGGAUAAAGCUCGAGAGCAUAUUGAGAAGGACAUAAUAAUCUGUCAGAGAAUUGAUCAUCAUCAAGGAGAGGCAAAAGGGUUCAUAAACCUCGGUGAAUUGCAUUACCGAGUUCAGAAAUAUUCAGAAGCAACUAUGUGCUAUCAGAAGGCGCUUAGGAAAGCAGAAUCCAUGGAAGAUGAGGAUGCUUUGGUUGAGCAGAUCAGUCAGAACAUUAAAACUGUAAAAGAAGCAAUUACAGUAAUGGAUGAUAUGAAGAGUGAAGAACAAAAUCUCAAGAAGCUUUCAAGAACCAUGACCACUGCCAGAGGCACACCGAGUGAGAGAAAGUGUCUGUUAGAUCAGAAUGCAUGCCUGGACCGUCUCAUUGAGAAGGCCAGCAUCAUCUUGGCAUGGCUGAAACAUCGUGAAUUUUCCAAAAGAAAGAAAAGAGUAGCAGGUGAAAUCUGCGACAAAGAAAAGUUGGGUGAUUCCUUCCUAGCCAUUGGAGAAUCAUACCAGAAGCUCAGGAACUUUAACAAAGCCCUUAAAUGGUACAUGAAGAGCUUGGAUGCCUACCAAUCCAUUGGAAACUUGGAGGGGCAAGCAUUAGCAAAAAUUAAUAUUGGAGCUGUCCUGGACUCUGGCGGGGAUUGGACUGGAGCACAAAAGGUGUUUGAGGAGGGCUACAGAAUUGCAGUUCAAGCAAAUCUGCCUUCUGUCCAGAUUCAAGCUUUAGAGAAUAUGCAUUACAGCCACAUGAUCAGAUUUGACAAUAUUGAAGAGGCCAGGAGGUUACAACUCGAAAUUGACAAUUUGAAAAACACAACCAAAAGUGAAGAGCAAAAUAUGGAGGGGGACUGCUGCUCUGAGACAGAAACAGAAGGGGAUGAUGGUUUAAUAGAUGCCAGGUCCAAUGCAUGCCUUUCACCAAAAAUUACCGAAUCUACUUCUAAGAGAUCUAAACCAGUUACCAUAGUUGAGGAGUUCAAUGAUGAUGUACCUCUAAUUUCACUUCUUCGGUCCACUAAGAAUUUGCCCAGAAUGAAUACAGCUGAACUGAAAAGGGCUAGUGUUUCUAUGGAGCCGAUUGAAGCUUUGCCCAAAGGUUUGAUUAGAUCCAUUGGUAGUCAGGAGCCAGUAGUUGGUCGUAAACGUGUCCGUGUAGUUCUCUCUGAUGAUGAAAGUGAUGAACACGAUAAGAUACAGUACUCAAGAAGAAGAGAUAACAAUUGCCCAGUUGAAGAUGUGGCUACUUCUAAUAACUCUAAAGAGACUGAUGCACUGAAUGGUUCUGUUAGGGACUUUCAGGAUUUCUCACGGCUUAUUCCUUCCAAGGAUGUACUUAGUGUCUGCAUUCCUGUUAAUCUCGAUGCAAGCACUUGUUCCGACAAAUUACAGAGCCCUGAAGUAGUUGCUCUAAACAGCACAGGCUUAAGAUCUUUGAAUGCUGAGGAUGUGGCUGAUGUUUCAAAUAUCGCUGUGAGCAGUUCUAAAACUGAUUAUCAUGAUCCUGAUAACCUGCUACAAAAACAAAGUGGUGCUGAUCUCCAUAUACAUGGUUCUAAUGAUGGAUAUGGUCAACAUAUUGUAUUUAAAAUUGAUGGCCACAUGGUACAUGUGGAUGCACAUUCAUGGACAGAGGGUAAUGUGCCAAGUAUUGAGUGUUUGAAGGUAGAAGUGGCAUGCUUGUACUAUUUGCAACUCCCUGAAAAGAAAAGGGCAAGAGGACUGCUGCCCGUCAUUCGGCAUAUGAAGUAUGGUGGUAAAAUUCUGGAAUCCUUAGAUGCAGAUGAAAAUUUUAAGGAUCAUAUAUGGGGGAAAGGCUGGAUUGAAGUAGCUAUUGAUGGAUGGGUUCACAAACGUCUGAUGAAGUUGUACGUUGAUUGUUGCAAUAAGUUGUCUGAGGCAACCAAUAUGAAGUUGCUUAAGAAACUAUACAACUUGGAGGUUUCUGACGAUGAAGUGAUUGUGUCUGACUGUGAAAUGCAAGAUUUAACAAUGGCACCCUUAAUAGAUGCUCUGCGUGAACAGAAGACAAUUGCUAUGUUAGAUCUUUCUCACAACCUGUUAGGAAACGAAACAAUGGAGAAACUUAAGCAAAUAUUUAUGUUGUCAGACCAAAAAUAUGGUGGCCUGACUUUGGACUUCCACUGCAAUCGAUUUGGUCCAACUGCUUUGUUCCAGAUUUGCGAAUGUCCGGUGCUGCUUGCUCGAUUGGAAGUACUUAAUAUCUCAGGGAACCGUCUCACGGAUUCUUGUGCAUCCUACCUUUCAACCAUCUUGAAAAAUUGCAAAGCUCUUUAUAGCUUGAAUAUAGAGCGCUGUUGUAUUACAUCUAGAACCAUCCAGAAAGUUGCUGAUGCCCUGGAUGCUGAAUCUGUAUUGGCACAAUUUUCCUUAGGAAAUAACAACCCUAUCUGCGGCAAUGCUAUGGUUAAUCUAUUGGCUAAACUUGCUGAUCUGAAGAGGUUUUCAGAAUUGAAUUUGAAUGGCAUAAAGCUAAGCAAGUCUGCAGUUGAUAGCCUUUGCAAACUUGCUAAAACCUCAUGUUUGUCAGGGUUGAUGCUUGGGGCUACUAGUAUGGGAUUUGAAGGAGCACUGCAGUUAACUGAAGCAUUAUUUAGUGGAUCACAAGAGUUGAUGAAGCUUGACCUAUCAUAUUGUGGACUGCAAUCUCAUUACUUUAUCAGAUUCUGUGCAGGGUUUACUUCAGUUUCUAGUAUCAUUGAGCUGAACCUUGGAGGAAACUCUCCUGGGCCAGAGGGUGCUAAUGCUUUGGUGUCACUACUCACGAAUCCUGAGUGCUGUCUGAAAGUUUUGGUCCUUAACGAAUGUCAUCUGGGCCUAGUUGGAGUUCUUCAAAUAAUUGAGGCACUAGCAGAGAAUGACUAUCUAGAGGAGCUGAAUCUUGCAGAAAAUUCUGAUUUGGACAAAGCAAGUACUUUGGAAUAUGAUGUAACAGCACAAGGGACCUCAAAAUCUGUAGAGCCAGGUCUCAACUUUGCUGAUAUUUCGGUUAGGAUAUCUGCCCCUGAGGAAGUUGUUCAACAGGGCUCAUGCGCUGUGAAGGUGGACUCCAAUAACCUUGAAAUUGAUGAUAGUGAAGAUGGCCCUAUUAGGCAAGAUCCCAUCUUAUCUGGUUGUGAUGACAGUUGCACCAGCUCAUGUCCAAAAAAUUCUCCAUGCGUAGACUGUGAAUUCGUUCAGGAUCUCACUAAGGCCCUUGGUAUGGCAAAGCAGUUGCAAAUACUUGAUCUUAGCAAUAAUGGGUUCCCAGUUGAAGUUGCUGAAACAUUAUAUUCAGCAUGGUCAAGUUCAAGAUGUAGUGGUUCAGCUUCUAGACACAUUAAGAAUGAAACAAUCCAUUUCUCAGUGGAAGGGAAGAAUUGUUGUCUUGUUAAGGACUGCUGUAGAAGGGAUUGAUUUAUUUGGGAGAAGCAUUUGCCUUAUUCUCCGACGAAUUUCAUUUUCAUUUGC